CACCAAACCCAGUAGGCCAAUACAAUAGUGAGUCUGUGACCGUACCGCCCUGCGCUGUCUCUGCUUUGAGUGCUUUCUCAUUGCUUCCUCAUUUGACUUCAUUUCAGAGACACGCAGACAGAUAUGGAGACCAGCGCCGUCCUUCCGGCCACUCUACCUACUUCUCCGAUCUGCCCCUCUCGCCACUCUUCUGCGUUCCUUCCUCUACCCUUCGCCAACCUCAACUCUUCCUCGCUUCUCUCUCUCACGCUUCGAAAGCAGUUCCCUUUCGCUUCUCAGAAUGCCAUGCGAGCUGCUUCUCCUCUCAGGCCUUAUGCUUCUCUGUCCGAUGCUCACAGCGGAACAAUUGAUAUCGCCGACAUAGACUGGGAUAGCAUUGGAUUUGGCCUCCAACCUACCGAUUAUAUGUACAUAAUGAAAUGUAAUAAAGAUGGAAACUUUUCCAAAGGUGAAUUACAGCGCUUUGGGAACAUCGAAAUGAGCCCCUCAGCUGGAGUUUUAAAUUAUGGACAGGGAUUAUUUGAAGGUCUAAAAGCUUACCGUAAACAAGAUGGGAAUAUACUCCUCUUUCGUCCAGAGGAAAAUGCUCUGCGGAUGAAGAUUGGUGCUGAGCGGAUGUGCAUGCCAUCGCCUACUGUGGAGCAGUUUGUGGAAGCUGUAAAGGCUGUGGUCAUAGCAAACAAACGUUGGGUUCCUCCUCCAGGUAAAGGUUCCUUGUAUAUUAGACCGUUGCUAAUGGGAACAGGAGUUGUACUUGGUCUCGCACCUGCUCCAGAAUAUACCUUUCUAAUAUAUGUUUCACCCGUUGGAAACUACUUCAAGGAAGGUUUGGCGCCUAUCAAUUUGAUUGUUGAGAAUGAAUUUCAUCGAGCUACUCCUGGUGGCACUGGAGGUGUGAAGACCAUAGGAAACUAUGCUGCAGUGCUGAGGGCUCAAUCUGCAGCAAAACAGAAAGGCUACUCUGAUGUUUUAUACCUUGACUGUGUGCAUAAAAAAUAUUUGGAGGAGGUUUCCUCCUGCAACAUUUUUGUUGUCAAGGGUAAUGUUAUUUCAACUCCUGCUAUUGGAGGGACUAUCUUACCAGGCAUCACUCGUAAAAGUAUAAUUGAUGUUGCUCGUAGCCAAGGUUUCCAGGUUGAGGAGCGACUAGUAUCGGUUGAUGAACUAUUUGAUGCUGAUGAAGUCUUCUGCACUGGGACAGCCGUUGUUGUGUCACCUGUAGGAAGUGUUACAUAUCUUGGCAAGAAGGUACCAUAUGGAGAGGGUGGUGUUGGAGUUGUGUCACAGCAACUAUAUAGUGUUCUUACAAAAUUGCAGAUGGGUCUCAUAGAGGAUGAGAACAAAUGGACCGUUGAGCUGAGAUAGGCAUUAUACAGAUUGCAUCCUUUGCCAAAAUCACAGUCCGAGCUUUCACAAUUCCACUAUGAUUUGGAAUAUAUUCGUUUAGUUUUUUUUUUUUUUUGUGCAUAAUCUUUAAGAGUUUUGAACUUUUAUUCUCAAAUCAAGAAUAUUAUUUGUGAAUUUGCUUAAUUUUACAAGUGUCUUAAUUAUGCUGAAUUUGAAAAUGCCUAAAUAAUAAUGUAUUUCUUCUUACAAA